GCGUGUUUGUUAAAAUUGAUGUAAUCGCAUAUUGAGUCACAGUGUUCGUUGGGUUCUGUGAGAUUGUAGAAUAUACUGAUAGAUCAAAAUCUUUGUUUGCUGUUCCGUCCCAAUCCACAUGAUUAGGAUAUGUACUCUAUUUAACCUCGAAACAGAUAUACUCAAUAUCAUAUCCUUGCAAGUUCCAAGUCAAUUGAAGGCGAAUUGUUGCUAUGCAAUUGGGCUGUCCUAUUUUCCUUCGCUGAUCUCUAAUUGUCGUUGAAGAAAUUUAAAUAGUGAUUAUGAAUAAUAUACGGAUGUUGGCACAGCUAGGUACACGAUACACUGCCUGUGACCACCUCUUAUCGCGCGUGCCAUAGAGUUAACUUCUGACAUGAUAUAUUUGAUAAUAGCUCUAACGUUAACGCUCAUAUGUCUGAAGAAUCAGCCCCUCCCGUUUUGGAUGAGGCCCAUCUCAGCUGAUCCCUUGAAGUUGUAUAUAAAGUUUUGCAUCUAUCUCUUGAUCAUGCAGCAUUUGUGAUGUAACUGGUAGGAUCGUAUCCUGUUGUCAUGAUUUGAGCUGUUAUUUCAGUCAUUGACAUUAGCAGUUGGCUCUCUGCUUGUUCGUGUGUGCUACGAUUACGGAGCCAAGACUUACAACAGUGCUUGGAAUUCCUUUGCUGUAAUGUCAACGACAAGACAACAUCCGCAUUUAAAUAGGUUUUGUCUGAAGGUUGCCAUAAUCUUGAUGGCUCAUCAGAUGUUUCCAAGUUUUGCCUUUGGUGAUAUCUUUGUGAUGAAUGCAUCCAUGAUUGAAUCAGAUUGCGUGGCUUUGUGUGACACAACGCAGGCGGAUUACGUAUUCAAUUUUGAUUGCCAACGUGGUUGUCGUUUCUUUGAAACGUUCAGGACAGCGUCCAUUUUCGUGCAGUUUGACGACAUGGCUGCACUGAAAACUUGCCAUCAAUCUUGUUUAGAGGCAUAUGGUAACCAAACGGGGAAGAGAAUGGCUUGCUCUGAUGGUUGCACUAAUGCUCAACACGCGUACCGUAAAGUCUACUCGUUGUCUUUACAAUGGUUGCAAGAACUGCAUAAAAACGUGACUUUUUUUGAAACUUUUAUGGAUAUGACAGAUGCUGUCGUCAACUCAAGACGUUUUGUGGAUGUUCCAAUCCGUUUUAAAAGCACUAACAAGAAUAAAAAACGUUUACCUGUAGAAGAAGAACUUUUCCCCAGUCGAACUCAGCAAACUAUAGAAAAGCAAGCCGAUUUGUCAGAAGAAAAUUAUGACGUGAAGAAACCAUCAUCCAUGGUGCCAGAUUGGAUCGCUCAAAGCGCUUUCGUUUUUUUUACACUCGGUAUUGUUAUGUUGCUGGGAGUUUGUUGUUACUGUUGCAUUUUUGCACAUUUCUUUAGACACACGCGGGAAAAAGACAUGGAUACCGAAUUGCCACCUAGCUACGAAGAGCUUGUCAGAAAUAGUUACGUCAUAAUGUCACCAUCCAGGAUAAAUCAUUACCACCCCGUAAGAAUCAACAAACGAGAAGAAUCAUGCAGCAUCGACCUUAACGCAACUGCAGAAGACACUCUAGCAGAAGCAACACUCAUUUCAAAUAGCUAUGGGGAAGACCUUCAAGGUUAAUGAAGAACAACUCCAUGAGGCAUGACCAUGAAUUUUUCCCCACUCCCUGUUUAUGAACAACUGUAAAUAUUGUACAUUCAUGUAUUUAUAACGACGAAAUACGUGUGAAAAAAACAAGAAAAAAACGGGGUUGAAUUGUUUCCCUGCACAAAGGUGAAAGGUUUGCCAUCUUUGGUCCAUGUCAAAACCCUCUACUUUAAGUUGCAAUUUUGCUUAAUCUAUCACAAUACAAAUUCUGUUAAAAAAGUAA